AUGGGGGGGCCGGCAGCCUCUGCCUUCUUCGCCAUAAUUCCGAGCUCUUCCUCGGUCGUUAAACGGAUCCCACUUUCUUUCUUUGGCAAACGGAACUCCUCGCGCCCUCUCCUUGUCCUGGCGCCCCCCAGAGUAUCGGGCUCAGCAUUCCGCCGAGGGGGCUCCCACCCGACGCUGCAGACCUGGACAGAGUUAAAAGCACGGAAAGGAAUUCCUAGAGCGGAAGGAACGAAGGUCCUCCCGCAACCAGGGCGUCUUUCGGGUCGCAACGGCCGCUCUGGCUGCUGUCGCCUCUGCGGGGACCCGGCGGACGCCUUGUUGGCGACCGAUUUGGGCGGAGAUCGACUCGGGGAUCCCCGGGAGAAGAGCAGGGAGGCACCCUGGGAUAAUUCGUCGCCUUCGGAGCUUCUACAGCCGCCGCCUCCAGAGUUUGGACCAGAAGACCUCCAAGGAGAUGGAGUGAUUUGUGAAAAACAGCUUCAGCCUCUUGAGAUUGUAGGUGGAGGGAAAAUGGCUGCUCUGCAUUGGGAUCAGAGGCUCUUCACCUUAGAGGACAUGGCUGUGCAUUUCACCGAGGAAGAAUGGGCGCUGCUGGAGCCUGACCAGAAAGCUCUGCACCGAGAGGUCAUGGAGGAGAUCAAUGGGAUUUUGGCCACUCUUGGUGACGAGUGGAGAAUCAUGGAUAAAAGAAAACCAAGUACAAACCCAAGAUUUCACCAAGAAAGGAAGCCGUACGAAUGCUCAGAGUGUGGAAAGGCCUUCAGGACGGAGACAAAUCUUACCACGCACAAAACAACACACAUAGCUGACAACCGGCACAAAUGCUUGGAAUGCAGAAAGACUUUCACCCAAAGUGCACAACUGAGCAGGCAUCAAAACACUCACAUGGGGGAAAAACCAUAUAAAUACCCGGAUUGUGGGAAAAGCUUCAUUUGGAAGACAAAUUUAGAGAGGCACCAGAGGACCCACAUGGGGGAAAAGCCCUUUAAAUGCUUGGAAUGUGGGAAAAGGUUCGUCGAGAGUUCGGCCCUGAUUACGCACCAAAUGAUUCAUAUGGAGGAGAAACCGUACAAAUGUUUGGAAUGUGGGAAGUGCUUCAUGUCGAAUACGCACCUGAAUGUCCAUCAGAGAAUCCACACAGGGGACAAACCAUACACAUGUUUAGAAUGUGGAAGGAGCUUCAGCGAGAGCAGCAAUAUCGCUUCCCAUCGCAGGACACAUAGUGGGGAGAAACCGUCCAAAUGUUUGGAAUGCGGAAAGUGUUUCAGUUCAGAGAGACACCUCGGUGUCCAUCAAAGAACCCACACAGGCGAGAAACCCUACCAAUGUGCGGAGUGCAGCAAAUGUUUUACUCGCAGUUCUGACCUUACCAAACACCGAAAAAUUCACACGGGGGAGAAGCCGCCUGCGUGCCCCACGUGUAGAAAGUGUUUCACUUGCAGUUCGGAUCUCCUGAAGCACAAAAAGACUCACACCGUCGAGAAGCCUCAUAAGUGCUCCGAGUGCGGUAUAGGCUUUGCUCGUAGCUCGGACCUAAUCAAGCAUAAAAAAAUCCACACGGGAGAGAAGCCCCAUCAGUGUUUGGAAUGUGGGAAGGGCUUCAUCACGAGGACCAAACUGAGCCUGCACAAGCGAAACCACACAGGGGAGAGGCCGUUUCCCUGCCUGGAGUGCGGCAAAUGUUUUAUUCAAGUCGCUCAGCUAAACCGGCAUCAAAAAACUCACACAGGAGAGAGGCCAUACAAAUGCUUAGAAUGCGGCCAAAGCUUUGUGCAGAGUUCUUCUCUUACCACCCACCAGAUCACUCACACGGGGGAGAAACCCUUCAAAUGCUCGGCGUGUGAAAAGUGCUUCAGUUCGAGCACCCACUUACGGAGGCACGAAAGGACACACUCGGGAGAAAAGCCACAUCGGUGCUCGGACUGUGGCAAGUGCUACAGCGAGCAGGCUGAACUAAGCCGGCAUCAGAGAUCACACAGCGGGAAGAAGCCGUAUCAAUGCCUGGAAUGCGGGAAAAGCUUCACACAGAGUUCUUCUCUGAUUACCCAUCAGAUCACUCACACGGGAGAGAGACCCUAUAAGUGUCUGGAAUGCACGAAGUGUUUCAAUUCAAACACACACUUGCGCAGGCACCAACGAACCCAUACGGGGGAAAGGCCCUACAAAUGCGCAGAAUGCGGAAAGUGCUUCGCUUCCAACUCCCACCUCUGUCGCCACGAGCGAACCCACACCAGGGAGAGACCGUUCAAAUGCCCGAAGUGCGGGAAGAGUUUCAAUGUGAGCAGCAACCUCACUUCUCACCAGAGGAUUCACACGGGCGAGAGGCGCUACAAAUGCGCGGAGUGCGGGAAGGGCUUCCUUCGCAGCUCUCACCUGAUCAUACACGAGAGGAUUCACCGGGGAGAGAAGCCAUAUAAAUGCUCAGAGUGCGGGAAGUGCUUCAUCACGAAGAUCAACCUCAGCACCCAUGAAAAAAAUCACACGGGGGAGAAAUCGUACAAAUGCCUGGAGUGUGGGAAGUGUUUCAAUUGGAAUGCCCACCUCAGUACCCACCAGAGAACUCACACGGGAGAGAGGCCUUACAUGUGCUCGGUGUGCGGGAAAAGUUUCAGCGUGAGCAGUUCCCUCGUGACCCAUCAGAGAAUUCACACCGGGGAGAAGCCGUACAAGUGUUUGGAAUGUGGCAAGUGCUUCACUUCAAACACACACCUUCGCAGGCAUGAAAGAACUCACAUCAAAGAGCGGCCCGGUGCAUGCUGAUAAGUGGGGUAAGAGGAUAAACGAUAAUGUUCAGGAAUCACGAAAUUCCUACCAGGAAUAUAGAAAAGGCUCGACUCUCCAAUGGCUGUUUUAAAACUUCACAUGGUGGUACUGCCUAAAAAAAGAUCAAGUCUCUUUCAAAUUAAGCUCAAAGCUAUGGUUUUCCCUGCAGUAAUGUCUGGCUGUGCGGGUUGGAUGGUAAGGAAAGCUGAGUGCCAAAGAUUUGACGCUUUCAAAUUGUGGCAUUGGAGAAGACUCUUGGACUACAAGGAGAUCAAAUCGGUUGCUGUUGAAGGAAAUCAACCCUGGUUGUUAUUUGGAAGGACAGAUACUGAAGCCGAAGCUCAAAUACUUUGGCCGCUAAAUGAGAAGAGAGGACUUAUAAAUGAGAAGAGUGGGAAAGUGACAUUAGGAAAGACUGAAGACCAAAGAAGUAAAGGACAGCUGAGGAUGAGAUAGUUUGAUAGUGUCAUAAGGAAAGAAAUCAAAGAACAGAGAGCUCAGUGCUAUGACAUUUUAGCAGAUUGCAGAAUGGUGUGAAUAUACAAUGUCUUUGUUUUUGGCCUUUUGACAGUGAACCACACAAUAACAUGGUCAUUUGCAAGCUCGUUCAGCGUCGCCUGGAAAACCGACACGCUAUGCGACCUCAUAAAGAUAAUCCCAAAGGUGCUUUUUUGAGGAGACAACUGGACUUUCUGGUUUUUCUUUGAAGACCUUUCGCUUCUCAUCCAAGAAG